AUGGCCCUCGAGACAAUCGAAGUAGCCCCAACAGCAGGCCACCAGCACUCUCACACCGUCAUCUUCCUCCACGGCCGCGGCGACAACGCCAUCAACUUCCGUGCCUCACUCGCCAACUCGCGCGACUCUCAAAACCGCAAACUAGCAGACGUCUUCCCCUCUUUCAAAUGGGUGUUCCCUCAGGCGCCCAAACGAGCCUGUGCCAGCAUGUUCGGAGAGGUAUGGACACAGUGGUUUGACGUCUGGAACACGAGCAGCUUUGCCCAAAACGAGGAGCUGCAAGCUGAGGGACUCAAAGAAGUCGUCCCUCAAAUCAAGGCCCUUCUGAAGAAAGAGGCCGAUCUACUGCAAGGAAACUGGAGGAAGGUCAUUUUGAUGGGUAUCAGCAUGGGCUCUGCGACGAGCGUGCACACGCUGUUCAAUCUCGAUAUCCCGACGCCCGAGAAGAGGCUCGGUGCUUACAUUGGCUUCAGUGGCCGCUGCCCAUUUGCCGGAAGAAACUUGGAGGAAAUGCGCGCCGUACUGCAAAUACAAGAUGCCCCGACGCACUCAGAUGUCUUGAAGAACACACCGAUGCUGCUCGAGCACUGCGCAGACGACCCUCUUGUCCCGGUGGACUGGGGCAAGAAGCAGGCUGAAGUGCUGCACUCGUUUGGUGCGAACAUCACAUGGAAAGAAUAUCCGACGGGUGGGCAUUGGUUUAAUGCACCGCAGGGAAUGGACGAUGUGGUAGAGUUUCUCAAUAGGGUGCUUUAA